AACCCUUUUUUCUCCAUCUAUCUCAUCUGAUUUUCUCUCAAAAAAAACCUAAAAAAAGAAAAAAUAAUUUUCAUUCUCUCUCAUCCUCUUCUACUCUCUCUUGUGGCAAACAAAGGAUUUUUAGUGAUAGAAGAAGUAUUAUUCAUUCAUACUCUUAAUAUUUUGUUCUAAGAAAAAAAGGUGGGGUUUUGACAAAAACAGAACAAAACCCUUCUCAGUGUUCAGUAGGAGACUGAAUAAACAAAAUCAGAACCGACAUCAUCAAAAUCAAAUCUGGGCUUUUCGUAGAUUGUUCUUAAACUCUAGUUACAGUGAAAAAAGAGCAAAAUAUAUAACAACAAGACAUGAAAAUAUAAAAAGAAACGUUUUUUAAAAGACCCAUCUAGUUUUUUUCUUGUUUUUCUGGGUUUUUAGUUUUUUUAUUGGAUCUUGUAACAUCUUUUGCGAAUAGGGUUUUACAUUUUUUCUAGAUUUUUAAUGAUUUAUUUGAUUUUUCAUAAAUGUUGUAGCAUGUUGAUGGGAAUAUGCUAAAUUUUCUGAGGUUUGUUUUGUUUUUGGAUUCUGUUAUGUGGUUCAGAUAAUGGGGGGGAUAAUCUGGAAUUUGUUAAAAGGGGAAGGGGUUUUACUGAAGGGUGUUCUUGUUUGAGAUUGAGUAGCUGUUUGGAAAUUACUAUUCUUUUACCAAGUUUCUCAAAUCUUUUUUGGGUUUACUCUUAUCUUGUGUACUUGCAUUUGGGGUUUUCUGUGUUUUUUAGAAGGGGGAUUGAGUUGGGAUUUCAGUGAUAGGUUAGAGAUGGUAGGUAGUGGUCCAAAUGAGAGAGAAGACAAAAAACCAUUAGAUGCAACUGUUGGAGGGCUGGUAUGGGUUCGACGACGAAACGGGUCAUGGUGGCCGGGUCAGAUUAUUGGACCCGAUGAGCUGUCUGAGAAUGGUGAGGGUCCUCCUAGUAGUCCAAGAUCAGGUACACCCAUCAAGCUUCUGGGUCGAGAUGACUCAAUUGUGGAUUGGCACGAUCUUGAGACAACUAAAGGGGUCAAAGCAUUUCGUUGUGGAGAGUACGACUCCUGCAUUGAGAGAGCAAAGGUCACGGCCGCUAAAUUCUUAAAGAGAUCGCUGAAAUAUCCUCGCAGAGAAAUUGCUAUAUUUCGUGCUCUUGAAAUUGAAAACGGUAGUAAUCCAGACAAUGGAGCACAUGAAAAUCCUGAAAAUGGUGUUGCAUCUUUGACUCAUCCUACCAAAGACAGCGAGUCAUCGGACAAUUCGGCCAAGACAAGUGCUUGUGAAGGAAACUCAAAUUCUACACCUGAAUUGGCUCACUCUGGUUUAUCUUAUGAAGAGAUAAACGGGUCUACGUGCCUGAAGGGUCAGCAAUUAAGAGGAAAGAGGAGGAAGACGCCAAAUGAUUCAGAAGAUGACGGUAAUGAAGGGUUUAAGCGUAUGAAAGGACUUAAUGACCUGGGUGUACGUUCUGAGCGCAAAAUUCAAGUUUUGGCGUUGCCCAAUCCAGCCCGACCAAAUGGCGUACCGAUCAAUGGAACUUGUAAUGCUACAGCAGUGGGAAAUUUGGCAAAUGGAGGUGCUGUACCAACAAUCAAGAAAAAGAGAUCUCAAGUGGUGCAUAUUCAGGAGCUUUUGAAAAGAAAGUAUCGGAAGCGUCCGUUGACUAAAGUUUUGGAGAAUACCUCAAUGGUUCCUGUUCGAAUAUUGUGCGAUGAAUUUUCAAAUCCUUUCGAGAGAUCUGACGCUAUAUCUUCAUAUUGUGAAUGUGACGAUGGCAGCGAGGUAAAGGAUACCGAAAUGUUGAAUAGGCAGCUUCCCGAGGUUGAUUCUUCGGGCACACUGUUUGACGUCCCAUUUAGAGAUGAAGCUCUCCAUGCUCAUGGUUUUACCCCAGUCUGGCAACCCUCUUCCCCAUCAAAGCCUUGUGUUGAUGCUUUCAAAAGGAAUUCCAGUCGCUUUUACGUUCAGGCCUCUUCUCCCGAGCACGAUCCAACUGACAAAGUUGGUCCUAUGUAUUGUCCCCGUGUCAACCACAAGUUAGAGAAAAGUGCGUCCAAAUGGCAGUCAAAAGGAAAACGGAAGGCUAGAUCUUUGAGCAAAAAUGACGAGACAAUUUCACAUAAGAAGUUAGAUAACGGUCUUGUGAAGUCUGAUACUUGUGACCAAUUUUCCCCAAGUUCGAAUGGCUUAAUUAAUGGGUUUACAGAUCUGAGAAAACACAUUUCUGUGCCGACUUCUUCCCCAAGAUCAUUCUCCUAUCAUCAGUCCCGUUUCAUAGCUCAGUCCAGUUCGGAGUUGCCUGAUGUUCCGUCGCUGUAUGAGGUCGAAGUAACCGUUGAAGCUACCAGGCUACAAGCGCAACACGUUCCAUAUAUUUCUCUUAUGAGCAAGUUGAGUGGCAAACCGAUCACGGGUCAUCCAUUAGCAGUCGAAGCUUUAGAAGACGGGUCUUGUGAUCUUCUAACCUCUGAGUACCCUGCCAGCGGAAGCUGCGAGUUUGAUGAUGAAGGAACAGAAACAAAAGUCGUAGUAAAACCCAAAAAACAGAAAAGCAGGCGCAUGAAACUCGGACCUCAUAGCUCUCAGCGCAGAGGUAAAUCCAAGUCGAAAAAGCGACAAAAGAGACGUAGCUCUUCAUCGAAGAAGACAAGGAAAUUGUCUUUAAUAACAGCUUCACACAAACUCAACUCGGAAAAAAAGAAAUCUAUGGUUCAGAACUCCAAGGGUCCGACACUCGCUUGUGUUCCGCUGAAGAUAGUUUUCAGUAGGAUAAACGAGGCGCUAAAUGGAUCGAUACGAUCAAGUCAUCGUGCUAUGGCUUUGAACGACACAUGACAGUGAAUCCCCAGGUUCGAUUUACAGUAGGGUGGGGUACAAAAACAUUUUACUUUCUUUUCUUUAAAAUUUUUACCUCUGGUUUUAUUUGAUUUUAGAGAUUGUAGAAUCUAUGAGGUUAGUCUAAUUUCUGCUAACUGCUAAGCAGUUGAAAGUGUAGCGAAUUUCAGCAGUACAUUCCGUCUGAUCGGUAGGAGCUUCAUUUUUUCUUUGGCAAUGAGCCUAUUUCAUUUGAGAAAUGGUAGGAAGUGAUAGCACAGCACAGUCAAGGCCCGAUUGUUUCUGGCUUUGUACAUAAUGUAUAAGUUGUUGAAGGGUACAACAUUCUUGAUUUGUUGAAUUUGGAUGAUUUCAGAGUGUUCUUGCUUUGCUUCCCAGCUCUUUUUUUUUGUUGGUGGGUUUAGAGUUCUCGUACUAUGUAUGUAAAGCACAAUGUCAUCAUUCAGCAAAUCUCCUGUGAGACGGCUGCAUACGUGCAAUCACUUACAGGUCCAGUUCAUAAUUUUGAAGUUGCCGUUUUAAAGCUUGAAUUGGACAUUUUGGAUCUUGAAAUAGGUAUUAAGUCUUGGAUUUGAUAAAUUUUAAACCAUUGGAAUACACAUUUUAAGUCUUGAAAUGAAUAUUUUACAAUUGAAGUAGAUAAGUAAAAUAUAAAAUUAAGGGUUAGAGUAGCGGUUUUAAGAGU